GUGAUCGGUGGGGAGGUGGGACUGGGAGGGUGGUGUAACACUGGGCGACUGUGGCCCUGCUCUCCCCAGACUCCUGGCUACCAGCUGUCCCGCAAGCCCCCUCGGAAGAUUGAUGUUGCCUGUGUCACCUUCGACCUGUACAAGACGCACCCGAAGGACCCAGGCUGCCUUAAUGUCAAAGCCACCCUCUAUGGCACCUACAGCGUGUCCUACGACCUGCAGUGCUACGGUGCCCGGCGCCUCAUGAAGGAAGCUCUGCGCUGGACACUGUUCACCAUGCAGGCCACAGGCCAUGCCCUGCUCGGCACCUCCUGCUACAUGCAGCAGCUCCUGGAUGCCACCGAGGAGCAGAAGGAAGAGGAGAACAGCCUGGCACUGCCCAACCUCCUGCCCCGCAGCCUCCCAGCCCUGCCCUCCAGCCUCUCAGCCCUGCCCCGAAGGAAGAUGCUGCAGUGAGGGCUGGGUGUCCUGUCCCCCAUCCUCCGUGCCCCCCAGUCGCUGGGGAUCCCACACCCUACUAGGUCAAUGCCUGGGGCAGUGCCCACCACAGCCUUUCCUUGCACUCCGCUGGCUGAGCGUGGCCAGAUCUGCUCUGGAACAGCUGCUGCUCU